AUGACGCAGAAAUCAGAAAAAUCGUUCCGAGAACAAAAAGAAUCAUCCGAAAAAUCGAUCCGCAAGCUAGGUGAACAAAUGACGCAGAAAUCAGAAAAAUCGAUCCGAGAGCUAGGCGAACAAAUAGACAAGAAACUAAUCCAGCAGACAAAUAAAGUCGACAAGUCAAUGCAGAGAGUGUCCGAUGAUAUCUCACAAAGAAUAAACAAUCUGGUAAGUGAAAUAAAAAGUGAUAUUAUGAAAGAAUUAGGCCAUACAUUUGAACAAAUCGAUGACCGUCUGCAAGCCUUAGAACAGGGCAAGCGGAGUGGCGAUGCCGAAUCUAAAGAGAGCAAAGAACAGCUACUUAGGAAUUUCCAAGCGCUGGGAGAAGAAUGCCAAAGGGAACACCAGCAGGUACUCUCGAGGGUCCAAGAGGCGGAAACGCAUUGUCCCACGUCCGUUAGCAACACAAUAGCGGACAACAGUCUAGCGAUUCACGCGCUGGAACAGCAAGUAGAACAAUUGAAGCAGACUGGGGCGGAGGACAAGAGACAAAUACAUGAUAAGAUUGUGGCAUUAGCGGACAUUGCACAAAGUUAUUACGGGGCACAGCAGCGCGAUCGCAGUCGUGGCCGUAGUACUAAUCAACGGCGUGACUGGUCGUCGCGACACGAACGGAAUAAUAAUCGGGACCGGCCAAAUGAUCGAGGACGUGGACAAGAUCGUGAACGCAACAGUUAUACAGGAGACUGCCCGACUAAUCAUGCACAAAGUUACUACGGGGAACAGCAGCGCGACCAAAGUCGUGGCCGUAGUACUAAUCAACGGCGUAACUGGUCGUCGCGACGCGAACGGAACAAUAAUCGGGACCGACCGUAUAGAAACUGGGGUAACACUCGCGAGCACAGGUGGAACAACGGAAAUGAUCGAGGACGUGGACAAGAUCGUGAACGCUACAGGUACGGCAACCAGAAUCGAUACUACGAUGAACACGGUGGGAAUAGGACUGUACGCGGAGCACCUCAUGAUGUUGAAAUUCGGCCGGCUAACCCUAGACAUAAUCCAGCAAAUGGAAAUGAACAAAACCGGCAAUGA